AUUCGUAUGAAUAUCAUUCUUGAUACCGGGAAAUCUCAGGGCUAUGGCAGCCAACAACCCACAACCACCCUGCGAAUAGGCCUUCUUGAUACCGGCGCCUCUUUUAACCUGAUAUCUCAUCGUGCCAACGCAGCACUUAAUUGGCCCAUGAGACCUUGUCAGGCUUCCGUGCAGUCUAUCGCCGGAGACACCGAAAUGUGUGGCUCGACCAUCAUUGAGUGGCGUUUCUUACCGGAUGACGAACAAUUGGUAGGGUCUUCAGGUACAUAUCGCGCCAAAUUCUUCAUCUUACCAGAAUCACCAAAACCCAUAUUCGACUGUAUCCUUGGAUGGCCAUGGCUUGCUGAGAAUUGGGGUGAUGUCGGGAAGCUCUUCGAUGCGAAGGCCACAGGCCUGAUG